AUGGUAAAUAUUAAAGUAAAAUUUGGAACAAUUGCUCGUCGUCUUGGCAUUUCCUCUAUCACGACUUGGUCGGAAUUCGAAUCUCAAUUGCGUACCUUAUUUAAUAUUCCUCAAAACGUUCCCAUAGUAACUACUUAUACUGAUGAGGAAGGCGAUACUAUUACACUUUCGAGUGAUAUAGAACUUCAAGAAGUUCUUUCUAAUGCCUUCAAUAAUAAUACGAUCAAAUUCAAUUUAACCACGUCAAAUGGGAAUCAUUUGAAUCACGAUAUCAUGAUAGACGAAGAAACUUUUAGUUUAAUUAAUGGUGUAUCUGCCAUUCAAAUUGAAGAAUCAAAUAAUGAUAACAGACAUGAAGAAAUUCCUGGAGAGACUUCAAAAAAAGCCGCUGAAACUACCAACAACGGUACACAAAACCAAUCUAAAGACGAUCAAGUAAACAUUGACGAUGAUCCGGAAAUUAUUGUGAUUAUCGCCAGUAAUCCAUGGUCACAUAGACGUCGUGCUCAUUGUGGAGCUCAAAGAUUCAGUGGAUGCAAUCCAUAUUAUUACACCUUUGGUGAAAGAUCCCGUCGUGGAAACACACAACCGGAUUGCAACAACUCUAGAGGAUGUAAUAGAUUCGCCGCUUCUCAUAAUUACGGAUGUGGUAGACGCUAUCGUAGACAUCAACAAAUUUCAUCAGAAGUUGUAGCAGAAAAGGUAAACGUAUUGCAUACGAUGGGAUUUGUUGAGGAUAAUUUGGAAGGAUUAGUAAAGAAAUAUAACGGAAAUCUCGAACACAUCAUUGAGGGAGUAGGUUUCGGAAACAGUUCUGGAACAAGAAAAUCCACCUUUGCUUUUUUAUCCCCGUCACCUCAAAUUGCCGCGCUCAACCUUCUCUAA